CACAGGUCAAUGACGUCACAACAUAAAUUGAGAUAUUGACUUCCUGUGUGAGGGAGUGUUGAUGAUUGUCUUCUAUUUAGGAUAUAUUUUAGUACGUGUGAGUGCGUAAACAAUGCUUAAAAUGGAAACGGAUAAAAUUAUUGAAGACACCAAUACUAAUUUACAGUACCCAAUGACAAUCCUGUAUGACCCUGCAAGGAAGAAAGAACCUUCACCCCAGUAUGUGACAGAACGUGAAACAUGUCUGAAGUACUUUGAGAGAUGGAGCGAACAGGACCAGGUGGAAUUUGUAGAACAUCUACUAUCACGCAUGUGCCAUUACCAACAUGGUCACAUCAACUCUUACCUCAAACCUAUGCUCCAGAGGGAUUUUAUUUCGCUCUUACCAAAGAAAGGUUUGGACCAUGUAGCAGAAAGUAUUCUCUCAUACCUUGAUGCUGAUUCCCUUUGUGCGUCUGAAUUAGUAUGCAAGGAAUGGUAUCGAGUUAUCUCAGAGGGAAUGCUGUGGAAGAAAUUAAUAGAAAGGAAAGUUAGGACAGACUCACUGUGGAGAGGUCUUGCAGAACGGCGAGGCUGGAUACAAUAUUUAUUCAAACCAAAGCCAGGAGAAAGUCAUCCUAAUCAUUCAUUCUACAGAACAUUGUUUCCCAAAAUCAUUCAAGAUAUAGAUAGUAUAGAAAAUAAUUGGAGAAUGGGAAGACAUGUCCUGCAGAGAAUUAACUGCAGGUCGGAAAAUUCUAAAGGAGUUUACUGUCUGCAGUAUGAUGACCAAAAGAUUGUGUCUGGUCUCAGGGACAACACCAUCAAAAUCUGGGAUCGCAACACGCUGCAGUGUACUAAGGUACUGACAGGGCACACAGGUUCAGUACUGUGUCUGCAGUAUGAUGAUAAAGUGAUCAUCAGUGGGUCAAGUGACUCAACAGUCCGAGUAUGGGACGUUGGCUCUGGUGAAAUGGUGAAUACGCUGAUACAUCACUGUGAGGCUGUUCUACAUCUGCGAUUCAACAAUGGCAUGAUGGUUACAUGCUCAAAAGAUCGGUCAAUAGCUGUAUGGGAUAUGACAUCACAGACGGAGAUCACAUUGCGCCGAGUACUAGUUGGACAUCGAGCAGCAGUGAAUGUGGUAGACUUUGAUGAGAAGUACAUUGUUUCUGCAUCUGGUGACCGGACCAUCAAAGUGUGGAAUACUUCAACUUGUGAAUUUGUGAGGACGCUGAAUGGACACAAACGAGGGAUUGCGUGCCUUCAGUAUAGAGAUCGACUAGUUGUUAGUGGCAGCUCAGACAACACUAUCAGGUUGUGGGAUAUUGAAUGUGGGGCGUGUUUACGAGUACUUGAAGGACAUGAAGAACUAGUGAGAUGUAUUCGCUUUGAUAGUAAAAGGAUAGUUAGUGGAGCAUAUGAUGGGAAAAUAAAGGUGUGGGACCUAAUAGCAGCAUUAGAUCCAAGAGCGCCAGCUAGUACGUUAUGUUUGCGAACGUUGGUGGAGCAUACUGGACGAGUUUUCCGCCUUCAGUUUGAUGAAUUCCAGAUUGUUAGCAGUUCGCAUGAUGAUACAAUUCUAAUUUGGGACUUCUUGAACUGUACACCCCCAGAAGGCACACCACAACAGCAGCAGAACAUGCAACAACUCAGCGCUCGCUCCCCAACACGCACGUACACUUACAUCUCAAACUUUUGAGUGACAUACCGUCCAUGUUAUUGCUGCAUUGUGAUAAUCUGGUAGAUUGCUGUAGACUGAAUUGGAAAACCUGUGGAUCAAGACAAGAUGUUAGUAUCUGUGCAGCUAUAGAGAACUGUGUUUGGAUUACAUUUAUUGCAUAGGACUCUAGGACCUUCAUGCCUGAAAGAAUGUUUUUGACCAAUAAUUCUUAUGCUUGUAAAAGUCAGUUGAGCAAAACAUUGUAUAUACAUAUAUGUGUAUAUUAUGUACUAUGCAUAUUUUAAUUACCUGCUGUAGCUGCUUGACAUAUCAUUUUAAUUAUGUUACUAAAAUAAUUAUGAUGUGUUACGCAGGUUCAAGAAGAAAAGCAAUUGGAUACAGGUGUUGAGUUUUUCUGUAAGAAGUUUGAAAUGUUGACAUUACUGUAGUCAUACAAGUGAUGUGCUGAGGUGCUGGGUGUCCAUCUUCAGUUAUUUUGUAAAUUAAUUCUGUGUAAGGUGUGCUUAGUCAUGAAGAGAGACUUGUUUCUUAGUGUUUUCUUGUUAACACAUGGAAUCAGAAAAGAAUAUGAAUUGCUAUAAAUACACAUUUUCCUUAUGUAUAUAGUAAUAAUGGUGUUCCUUUAUGGGAACAUGAAGAUGUCAUAAUAGUGUAUAUUUCUUGGAGAGAAGUGUCAGUCAAUUUUUCUGCUUUCUUUGUUAAAUAAAGUAAUAACUGCUAUGCAGUGAUCAAGAGAAUGCAACACCAGUAAUAAACAGUGCUUCAUUAAUUUCAUUGCAUUUCACUAGAUUUGCAUGCUACUAAAACUAUCAGCCCAGAUAUUUUCAGGGGCUUUCAUCCGCCUGAGUGUCCUGUAAAACAGCUACACAUAAUUUUGGCCUAUGGACAGGUAGUCUCCCCCCCACCAGCUGACUCUGAUAUUUCAUUGAGAAGUUUUUCACUGUGAUUAUAUGCAUAUGUGAAAAUUCAUAAAUAUGUAUUUGACUUCAAGGCCUAUGUUUUGUUUAUCAUACAAAUUACAUUUUGUAUUAUCAUGUACUGCAUGCUUAAUUUAUUGCUAAAAUUAUGUGAUCCAUAUCUGAAAUAGUUGUGUAUUCAUUCACUUCAUUCUUCAUUAUAGCUUUUUUCUUUAAUUUCAUUCAUGCAUUGUGGAGAUAUGAUGACUUAAUUGCAUUGCCGACAGAUUUUGGGUGCUUUUUUAUUUUUAUUACUAUCAUAAAUAUAAAUGUUGCAUUAAAAUAUUGGAUCCAUGCACACAGUAUGCCUGCAUGUUUAAAUGCGGAUGUGAAUCUGUUGGUGAUUUGUAUGUUAUAAUAAAUUUUGUGUGAGUGUGAGAGAGAGAAUGUGUUCUUGAAUGAUUAACAUUGUUAGUCUAUGCAUUGGUAUUCUUCCAUAUUUUUAAUAUUAAUGAAAUGUGAGAGCAUUUAUUCUACUGAUGGGAGCCAUAAACUUUGAACUCUUGUUUUGGAAGUAUGAAUUAGUUUCUGUCAGUUAAGAGAAUCUCAGAAUAUGGACGGAAACGUAACAUAUUUGAGACGUUAUAAAUGUUCAUAUUCCGUUUUACCAAUGUUUUUUAUGUAGUUGAAAUUGUGUUGUGGUUUCUUUUUUCAUGAAGUAUGUGAGUGGGUCCUCUUUCUAGUUGUUGAUACAAGUUUUUCUACCACUUGCAACUUGAUCUCAUGGUAAAUAAUUUACUGGUUAAUAUUUUCUUGAUGAUAGGGAUUAUAAAAUGUAUGAAAAUGCCCCAGAUUUGCUGUUGUAAAUUAUGUUUGUAAUGUCAUGACAGUUUUUGUUGGUUACAUAGUUGUCUUUCCAGUGAUAUUUUCACUAUGUAAUUGAUAGACUAGUUUAAUUUUUAAAUUAUAGUAUGUACAUUUUGGUGAGUCAUUUUUCUUUUUCCUUGAAGUGUAUAUGAAUAUAAAUGAGAGAUGUAAAUAGUUUUGUCACACUUCCUCUACAGAAACCUUUUAAACUACAAAAAUUUCAACAUCAUCUGUGUAAACAAAGUAAUUUCUUAUCAGAUGCAGCUAUAGCUGUAAAACCUGAAUCUGGCGGUAUUUAAUUUUUACUCAAAUGUAUGAUAUAUUUAGAUGACAAUAAAUGUUUUGAGGGAAA